UCCAUUGAAAUUGAAAUAGCAAGUAGCAAACAUUAUUAUUAUUAUUAUUAUUAUUAUUAUUAUUCAGACAAUAUUGAAAACUGUGAAUGUAGAGUGUGAUUGAAUUCAAAGGAAUUGAAAGCAAGGACAAGAGACACAGAUGAAGGGUUGGAACCAAUUCGGUGUUAUUGAAACCAUUUACGAGGAAGAACGUGAAUUCUCUUCCUCUUCUUCCCCUUCCCCUUCACUUUCACCUUCCUUUUCUUCUUCUCCUCCAUCCCUUCACUCCACAGUAAAUGCUUGGACUAUCGAUUCUGGAUGUGAAACAGAUGUGUUGAUACGUGUAGAAGGAACUUGUUUUCGUCUCCAUAAGGAUCGUAUCAUACCACGAAGCUUAUAUCUUAAACGACAUCUGUCGGGAGUCUUUGACUUCACUCUCUCCCCACCGUUAAACAUAACGGCCGAGACUUUCAACUUAGUGGCAGAAUUCUGUUACGGACGCAAAAUUCAGUUAUCGCCUAUAAACGUAGCAGCCGUUAUAACGGCGUCGGAGUUACUGGGAAUGAGGGAAGGAGAGAAUCUGCGUGAAGUUGCGGAAUCGUAUUUUGAGAGAAUUGUUUGCAUUGACGCGUCGACGAUUAUGCGUUCGUGCUUGGCUCUGUUUCCUGAUGCUGAAACGACAGCGUCGCUUGCGAGUAGAUGUAUUGAGGCGCUGAUUUGGGAAAACGACAAUGUGGAUGAUAGUGUUUUGGAUGUCGUUGUGGAAAUGCAGCCUCGUGAUUUUCAAAUGGUCGUUUAUUCGCUGAAUGGAAGGUUACGUAACCAUGACUUUCUAUACAACUUGGUCCAUCUUUAUUUGAAGGAAAACAAGUACGGCAAACUAGCCGAGGAACAGAAAACAGAAAUAUGCAAUUCAAUAGAUUGUACAAAGCUCUCACCUCGUACUCUAGUAGAUUGUGUUCAAAACCCCAUAAUGCCACUAAGAUUCAUAGUUAGAGCAAUUCUUGUAGAGCACCUCACCACUCGCCGCACAAUUACCGAAGCAGCGGCCACUACUACUACUACUACUUCUGCCGGUAAUGUUCAACAACAACUAGAAGUACAACGAACAUCACUCAGAGAAUUUCUCCAGCGCGACUCGGCUCGGCGCCAAACAGCUCAGCUAAAAGAAGCCAUGAAUUCCACCUUCUCUCGUAUUCAAACCCUUGAGAAAGAGCUUAGUGGAAUGAAGAAGAUUCUUCAAGACCAUGAAGCUGAGGAAGAAAAAGAGAAAGCGAAAGAGCGGAGGGACAGUGUUUUGAACUCAGAACGUUCUGCAAGUUUUCAUUUUGUUCCAAUUGAUAAUGAGAAUAGUAAAAUACAGAGAGGUGGAAGAGGCUCUGUUUCGUCUUCAGGGUUUGUGCUUGAUAACAUGAUCACAAACAAAAAUAAUGAAAUGGUUAAGUAUAAAUAUAAUGUUAGUUCUUCUCAAGGAUCAUGUCAUGAUGGGAAUGUUGGUACUCCUAAGAAUACCACAAGUUUUCGGCAUAGGUUUAUUACUGGCCUUAAGAAUACAUUCAAGAUAUCCAGUACUGCAUCAAAUUAAAGGAUCAUCAAUGAUUGUGAGUGUGACUCAUUGAUUUCAGAGUAAUGUUUUGCUGUUCAUGGGAGAAUAUUCAAAACAUAUUUUAUCAUUGUUUCCUUUUUAUUUAUGCUUCUUGCUGUCAAAAAUCAAAAUUCGUCUUUAUUUUUUUUUUAAGAUUUUUUUUUUGUUCUGAUAGGUCAAAGACUCAAAGUUAUAGUUGUGUAUUUUGUAUCAAUUUGUCACUUUUUUAUUUCAUUUCUUCUUUUUUGUGUA